AAUAAAAAUACAAUAAGAAGGCAAAAACAAGGCAAACCGAGGCACGCACAUAAUUAAGGCAAUUGUCGACAAUUGUGCUUCAGAAGCCGAGCCCAACACAUUCAGCGUCUUCAGUCGUAAAAAGAAUCUGGCGUUUAAUAGCGCGCACAAGUCGAAAGCGUAAAACAAGGCAGACGGAUGCUUAAAGACUAUUGAUUGAAUUGCGAGCAAAUUGAAAGCUUCAGAAAGGAUCGGAGGGAGGCGGAGGUAGUGAAUUUGAACGAAACUAUUGCACGCCAAUGUGUCUACCGAAGGAUUUGAAGGGUGUCACGAUCCAGCGGAUCGCCACGAUAGUCGGCAAUAUACUAUGCCUGAAUUUUGGAAUUAUGUUCGGCAUAACGCCUGCGCACGUACAGCUCUACGUUGAGGAACAGACGCCGCUGAAUCACGUCAACAGUGAAGACGCCGUGACAUGGAUCUUCGGCUGCCUAUUUGCCAGCGCGGCUUUGAGCUCGGUAUUGUGCGGGUUUUUCACUCAAAACAUUGGACCGCGGGCUUUAUUGCUGCUGAGUGGUCUGCUGCAAAUCGGCAGUUGGUUUUGUGUACAUUUUGCCUACGACAUCGUGCACAUCUAUUCGUCGCGCAUCUUGGGCGGUUUUGCCGCUGGCGCCAGCUUGUCUGUGUUGCCAAUAUACAUAGCGGAGAUCUCGGAGGAAAGCAGCAGCCCCGCUUUGAUUGCGACGAUCGAGCAAUGGCGCACAAUCGGUGUACUGAUCGGCUGUCUGCUCGGUCAGCAUUUGCAGUACGAAUAUGUGGCCGUGGUGGCUGUGUGUAUUUCUUGUGCCUUCACUAUAAUGUUUCCCUUCAGCCAAGAGAGUCCCUACUACUAUAUGCGCAAAGGCGAUGUGAUGGGACUGGAAAAAUCUUUGCGCUGGUUCCGUGGUGUACGUCGUAUGAGCGAUCGUAAUCGUCCGGAAUUCGUGCGUGAGUUGGAUGAAUUCAAGCGCGGCAUGGAGAGACACAUUAUCGCUCAGGACCUUGUAUCGCAUACGUAUUUAUGUAAGAUGGCGGUCUAUACUUUGGUAUUGUUUGUGGGCGUGCAGUUAAGCGGCACCUAUGUGAUACUCGCUUGGUCCAAUCAGAUUCUUACGAAUGAUGUCUUCGUCGGCUUCUCAAUAGAUAUAAGCGUAACGAUUUUGGCUCUCACACAAUUCAUUGGCGCCACUAUCGCAGUUUGGCUUGCAACUAUGCUGAAAAGAAAGAUUUGCUUAUUCGUUUCGGCUUUUGUCUGUGGACUUGCUACGAUUUGUUUGGCGAUUUUUAUUGCAGUCGGUGUGAGGGGACAUCUGCAAUGGCUUUCGUCCGCAUUAUUGCUGAUUCAUAUAUUUUUUGCAAACUUUGGCAUGUACUCGCUCCUCUCGCUGAUUCCCAGUGAAAUGUUGGACACGAAGUUACGUGUUAGUCUGACAAGCAUAUCGUGGGGUGUCUCCUGGCUCGUCACGUUCAUUUUGAUACAGUACUUCGAAUGCAUCUCAACGAUUAUUGGACUUCAUGGAUAUUUCAUUAUCUUCGGUGUUGGCUGCACUGCUGUUGCAAUGUUGGCUCUGGUAGGGCUGCCGGAAACGCUUGGAAAACCUCUCGCUGAAAUACAACAAAUCAUGGGAUUUCGAAGUGAGAGCGAGGUAUCCAAAAAUAGUGUGCCUCAAAGUGGGCGAAUCAAUUUGGAGCGUUAUUGAAAGAACAAGGACAAGCAUUUACUAAAUUUUGAGCAGUAAUUAUUUUUAUUUUUAAAACGAUAUAUAUACAUAUGUAGGUAGAU